AUGUCUAAUCAGUCUUUCAACACUUCAGAUGCUGUUCCCUUGCUUAGUGACUUUGUCUUGGCUGGUCUAUCAUUGUUUGUAUCUUUCUUUGGUAUAACCGGCAAUAGUAUCGUUUUGUGGAUCCUGGUCUUUCAACUUCCAAAGAAUAAAUAUUCUGUGUACAUUAUUAAUCUUUCCGCAGCCGAUUUACUCUUCCUUCUGUUCUGCCUACCAGUCAUGAUUUUAACAUUCUUAGAGAUGGCAAUCAGUGGACUGUAUUUCCGUACAGUUGAGGAAGUGCUUAGUUCUUUCAGUAUAUUUGGUUACAAUACAGGACUGUAUCUCCUGACGGCUAUAAGCAGUGAGCGCUGCCUUUCUGUCAUAUUUCCACUAUGGUACCAAUGCAAGAGACCAAAAAGGCUAUCAGAAAUCGUCUGUGUACUAAUAUGGAUGCUUUCUUUUCUAGUAACCUGUGGAGAAUUUUUCAUGUCAAUGGACACCAAUCAUGAUCAUUCAGGAGAGACUAGUUCCUACGAGGAUACAAUGUUUGCAAUAGUCAUUCUACUCAGCUUUGUGCUUUUUGCUCCUGUAAUGAUUAUAUCUAAUAUAACACUUCUCAUCAAAAUCUACCAGAACUCAUUGAAACCCCAGGCUGCAGGCCUGUACUUAACCAUAUCUGGAAUAAUCUGUCUCUUUGUUUUUUUAGCAUUACCAUUAAGAGUAGUGACCAUCCUUGAUUACCGUCAUAUCUUCUCUCCUGAUUCACUGAUCUUCCUUACUGUCUUCUUCUCUUCUCUCAACUGUAGUCUUAAUCCAUUUGUGUACCUUUUUGUGGGUGGUAGAGGUAAAAAGUCAUUGGGAUGCAAACAAAGAUUACAGCGAAUAUUUGGAGAAGGAGCCAGUGGGUUAAACAGCUCCCAACCAGACACUGAAACCCAACCAGAGUCUCAAACUGCAGCUUCCUGCCUUCAAGUAAAUAGUAUAAAGAGCAAAAGCUAG